ACGUAUGCUCGAUCGAUCCAUGAAAUAUCUCCAUUGCUGGCAGUAAAUAAAUUAAGCCGCAGCUCAUCAGUUAGCUAGCUAGUGACACUGUUGCUACUUAAAGGGCUCAAAAGCUAGCUAGCACUAGCAGCAAGCAAGCUGUUCAGCUGUCUCAUUAAGCUAUCGCUUGCUUAAUUAAGCUAGCUGAUCGAUAUAUAUGUACAUAUCAAAAGGUAGCUAGCUUGUAUAUAGACAACCAAAAGGAGCACUGACUGCUGUGCUGUUGGCGAGCGAUCGAUCGAUCCUGCGGUGGCUAGCUGCAGCUGCAGCUGAGCUUGGGGGUGGUGGCAGCCAUGGCGAACUACCAGCAGUACUACCAGAUGGUGUGGCCGAGGGAGCCGGACAGCCCGCAGCUGAGCAUCAUGAGCGGCUGCAGCUCCCUCUUCUCCAUCUCCACCCUGCACGACGACGACGACGGCGGCGCGCUCGUCCUCGCCGGCGCGCACGCGCUGCCCGCCACGCCGGUCUCGCUCGCCGGGAUCGCCAGCCCCGGCGACGAGGUGGACAUGGAGGUGCGGCAGCAGAGCGGCGGCAGCGGCGAUGAUCGGAGGACCAUCAGGAUGAUGCGCAACCGGGAAUCCGCGCUCCGCUCCAGGGCGCGCAAGAGGGCGUAUGUUGAAGAGCUAGAGAAAGAGGUUCGACGGCUGGUGGAUGACAACCUGAAGCUGAAGAAGCAGUGCAAAGAGCUGAAACAGGAAGUAGCUGCACUGGUCAUGCCUACAAAGAGCUCGCUGCGAAGAACUUCAUCAACUCAAUUCUGAAGAAGGUCGACCAAACAAGCACAAGCUUAUUUGACGAUACAAAAUCAUUAGAAAGAUCUGAAUUAUGUGUAUGUUGCAUCCGAUGUGCGUUUGAGCAGGGGUAAUUAAGCAUGAAAGGAUAUGUGUGUAGGUGAUGCUUAUUAUGUACUACCUCUGCAGUUUAGAAUGUGUUAGAUCUUGUCUCUGCAAAGAUGAACACCUUUUCUUACUUGUUCAACUCAUCAGCGUCCUAUUUCUCUUCCAGCCAUUCAGAAAUCAGAAUUCAGAAGUGGCUAUGGCCUAUGAUGUUGCCCAUUUAGUUUCA